UGGUAGCAUAUUUAAGUUAAUAGUAGUAAAAUGCAUAUUUGAUGGGGCUUCUUGCAGUCCUUGUAUGAUAAUUUUUCAUGGUUAGAGCUGCACUUUUUUUUUUCUUUUGUAAGUGAAAGAUUUUUUGGUCAUUACUUAUAUAAUCCAUAAAGGGGGCGAACCGGAGCAGUGGUAAAGUUGUUCCUUCAUGGCUGAAAGGUCAUGGGUUCGAAUCCAGGAAACAACCUCUUUGCAAUUAUGGAAGGGUAAGGCUGCGUACAAGGAUUACCUCCACCCACAUUUGCUAGUCGGGUUUAACGGGGAUUGGUUUUUUUUUUUUUUUUUUUUUACUUAUAUAAUCCAUAUGCAGAUUUUUCUCUAUUACGCCCCCCUUUUUUGUAUUAAUUUUAGUUUUUGUUGUUACUAUCAUCAUUGUCAUCUUGUUUUGGUGUUUGUAGUAUGAGGAGGAACAGGUUGCAAAUGAAUCCUCUGGCAAGCAACAAGGAAUAAUAGUUGAAAGUGGUGUUCAAAUUAACUGUUCAGAUGGAGGUGGAUUAACUGAACUGGAGAAACUACUUAAGCAGAAGACUUUCACCAGUGUCUAUUUUUCCGCAGAUCUGAGAUUGAUCAUUUGACAACGCUUAUGCGUUCAAGAACCGUGGAUCCACCUGUUGGGGAAGACGGGAAGAGGACAGAAGUGGUUCCAUCAGAUCCAAUGUUGCCUCGUGUUCAAAUUGAAGAAUAUCCCAAAACUCCAGCACUAGAAAAUGGGAUUGAAAACCAUCUUGUUUCAACUCCAUAUGUUACUUCCAGCGUUUCUAUUGAUGAUGUUGCUUCACCUGCCGAGCUUGCUAAGGCUUACAUGGGGAGCAGGCCUUCCAAGGUAUCCCAAUCAAUGCUGGGCUUGCGAAAUCCUCCAAGAGAGGAUCCAACUCUACUAAGAAAUCAGCACUUUGCUCAGAAAUCCCCAGUUAUGUCAAUUGUGCCAAGGGCAACUACCCUUGCUCGGGUUCGUGAAAAUGGCUUUGUGACCCCAAGAUCUCAUGGAAGAUCAGCAAUAUAUAGAAUGGCUCGAACACCUUAUGCCAGAGUUUAUCCAAUAUCUACGCUCAAGGGUGUUGGCUUUGUGACCCCAAGAUCUCAUGGAAGAUCAGCAAUAUAUAGGAUGGCUCGAACACCUUAUGCCAGAGUUUAUCCAACAUCUACGCUCAAGGGUGUUGGCGUUGCUGUUGAAGGUGAGCCAUCAUCUUCAGCUCAGUAUGCACUGGAUCAUGAUAUGCUUUCUGGCUCUAAACAAAGGCAGGCAUUAAAACGUAGAAGUUCUAUAUUCUAUAAUGAUAUAGGAUCUUUUGGUCCUAUACGCCGAAUCCGUCACAAGUCUAAUCUUCUAUCUUCUAAAGGCUUAGCCUUACCUCAUUCAGGCGCCCCCUUAUCUAUAGCUAGGAACAGAGUUGGCAUUGAUGCUGCUCGGCAACCUUCAUCUUCCAUGCAGAAGCCUAUUCUAUUGGGUGAAGUUAAGCAUAGCCAUACGAAAUUGUCAGCAGAAAAUGUUGAUGACACCAUGCCUAGUACUAGCUUUCCUCCUAUAUCUUCAAAAUCUAGCGAGAUGGCCUCAAAAAUACUCCAGCAACUUGAUAAUUUGGUUUCUCCUAAAGAAAAAUCAUUGGAACCAAGGCUACCAAUUAUGAAUGAUAAAUCUCCGACAAAGUUGUCAUCAUCCAUGUUACGAGGACAGGCUCUUCGAAGUAUGGAGACAGUGGAUUCAUCAAAAUUCCUGGAUAACAUACAAGAUAAUGAAUUAGACGGCACACUUGGAAAUUUGUCAGCUAGUGCUCAAAAGUUAACAUCAAAGAUAGACAAGGUUGAAAAUGGUCCAUUGAAGCUUGCUGCUCCUACUGAUACAGAUGCUACAGUCCCAAGGAAUCAAGUUGUGUCUAUUGUAAAAGCUGGAGAUUCUUCUGUGACAAAUCCUGUUUCUUAUCAUCCACAAAAAAAGAGGGCAUUCCAUAUGAGUGCACAUGAGGGUGUUGGCUUUGUGACCCCAAGAUCUCAUGGAAGAUCAGCAAUAUAUAGGAUGGCUCGAACACCUUAUGCCAGAGUUUAUCCAACAUCUACGCUCAAGGGUGUUGGCGUUGCUGUUGAAGGUGAGCCAUCAUCUUCAGCUCAGUAUGCACUGGAUCAUGAUAUGCUUUCUGGCUCUAAACAAAGGCAGGCAUUAAAACGUAGAAGUUCUCUAUUAGAUAAUGAUAUAGGAUCUUUUGGUCCUAUACGCCGAAUGCCUCACAAGUCUAAUCUUCUAUCUUCUAAAGGCUUAACCUUACCUCAUUCAGGCGCCCCCUUAUCUAUAGCUAGGAACAGAGUUGGCAUUGAUGCUGCUCAGCAACCUUCAUCUUCCAUGCAGAAGCCUAUUCUAUUGGGUGAAGUUAAGCAUAGCCAUACGAAAUUGUCAGCAAAAAAUGUUGAUGACACCAUGCCUAGUACUGGCUUUCCUCCUAUAUCUUCAAAAUCUAGCGAGAUGGCCUCAAAAAUACUCCAGCAACUUGAUAAUUUGGUUUCUCCUAAAGAAAAAUCAUUGGAACCAAGGCUACCAAUUAUGAAUGAUAAAUCUCCGACAAAGUUGUCAUCAUCCAUGUUACAAGGACAGGCUCUUCGAAGUAUGGAGACAGUGGAUUCAUCAAAAUUCCUGGAUAACAUACGAGAUAAUGAAUUAGGCGGCACACUUGGAAAUUUGUCAGCUAGUGCUCAAAAGUUAACAUCAAAGAUAGACAAGGUUGAAAAUGGUCCAUUGAAGCUUGCUGCUCCUACUGAUACAGAUGCUACAGUCCCAAGGAAUCAAGUUGUGUCUAUUGUAAAAGCUGGAGAUUCUUCUGUGACAAAUCCUGUUUCUUAUCAUCCACAAAAAAAGAGGGCAUUCCAUAUGAGUGCACAUGAGGAUUAUCUGGAGCUGGAUGAUGAUGCCUACCCUAAUGGAGCCGUUUCUUAUCAUCCACAAAAAAAGAGGGCAUUCCAUUUGAGUGCACAUGAGGAUUAUCUGGAGCUGGAUGAUGAUGCCUACCCUAAUGGAGCCGUUCCUUAUCAUCCACAAAAAAAGAGGGCAUUCCAUUUGAGUGCACAUGAGGAUUAUCUGGAGCUGGAUGAUGAUGCCUACCCUAAUGGAGCCGUUCCUUAUCAUCCACAAAAAAAGAGGGCAUUCCAUUUGAGUGCACAUGAGGAUUAUCUGGAGCUGGAUGAUGAUGCCUACCCUAAUGGAGCCGUUCCUUCUUUCUCUACUUGGAAAGAAACAACAGGCUCCACUCCUGUGGCCGAGAAAACUACCUCUGCUACUGAAACUGAUGUACAGGAGAUUCCCCCAGCUUCAUCUGUAGUAUUGCCAUCCAAAAGUUUUACAACAGAUGGUUCACCUCCUGUUAGGUCUGCUGAUGGAUCUACAUUUGGUCAGAAGUUUGAUAUACCAACGUCCAUAAGUUCGUCUAUCCCUGAUCCUACUUUUAAGCCAACAAUGGGUGCAGUGUCAGUAGCUGCACACACAAUUUUGGGUUCCGAGAAGUUUAAUUCACAAAAUGGAUCAGUUGUUAAUCCUCCCCUGUUGAACUUUGGGAAUAAAGUUGUUCAGUCAACAGAGGUGACUGCUGCUGAUGCUCCAUCAAAGGAGUCUACUAAAUCAGGUCCAAUAUUUGGUUUGGAUAAAGUUGCAUCGUCAAAGGAGCCAGGUGCUGAUGCUCCGUUAUUUAACUUUGGCAUCAACGAAAAUGUUGAUUAUGUUCCCCAAUUUGCUUUCUCAUCACCAGUUGGUGGUCUCAAUUUUGGUGUUUUUUCUGACUCAAAGAUGACGAGCUCAAUCAAGUUAGUCUCCACUACUGUUCCUGUUGCUGUUGAUUCAAUGCCAAAAGGCAUCAACAAAAAUGUUGAUUAUGUUCCCCAAUUUGCUUUCUCAUCACCAGUUGGUGGUCUCAAUUUUGGUGUUUUUUCUGACUCAAAGAUGACGAGCUCAAUCAAGUUAGUCUCCACUACUGUUCCUGUUGCUGUUGAUUCAAUGCAAAAAGUUCUUGAAUUAAUGCUGAUGCUAAGACUAAUAUAGUUGCUGGAUCUUCUCCUCCGUCAUCAGAGCCAGCUGUUACAUCUGCAGCAUCGACAUCAUUGUUGACAUCACCUGCUAAUAUAUUUACUUUUUUUUUUUUUUUUUUUGUAAAUAAUAUAUUUACUUUUAGCAACAGAUUAAAUCAAGAUAAUGGACGUGUUGCUUCAAGCGCUACAUUUGCCUCUACAUUUCCAUCUAUUGGUACAAAUUGUUUUAGUCAGAAUUUAUCCAGUAGCUCUCCCCUUAGUGUCCUGUAUUGAGUAAAAUAAGAUAUAAAAAUAGUUUAAACAAGUAUUCCGCAAGAGUUUACAGUUAU